AUGCUCGUGUGCCGCCCACUGAGGCGGCUGUAUCGCCGUCCAGCAUUCCUUUCCCAGCCCACUCCCACAUCCGCCUUCAGCACCUUUGCUGGCCGGCCUCACAAGUCGGGCAACUCCAUUCCCCCGCGUCCGACCUUGUCAGAUGCCGAGAUCAAACACACCUACGUCAAAGGCACGGGACCAGGCGGCCAGAAGAUCAACAAGACCAACUCGGCCGCCCAGCUGACACACAUUCCCACCGGCAUCGUCGUCAAGUCUCAAGCCACGCGUAGCAGAAGUCAAAACCACACGAUUGCGAAGAGGAUCCUUGCCGAGAAAGUCGAGUUGUUGGAAAAGGGCGAGCAGAGCCGGGCGGCCAAAGUCGUCGAGAGGAAGCAGCGCAAGAAGAGGAGUGCCGACAAGAAGAAGCGCAGGAAGUACCGACGGCUGGCAGAGGAGAAGCUGGGCGUUCAAGGGGACGUCGAGGCGGAAGAAGACGAGAGCACAGAGCUGGAGAGUCGCCGGACGUCAGUUCAACCAGAGACCAAGUGA